AUGUCUAUGUCUUUUUGUAAGAGGUUGUUCUCGAACAUGACUAAGGAUAUCAAAUUUCCAUCUGUAUCCCAUAGAAAGGUAAAGAGGUUUUAUAAAGAUGUAUCAAUUGUCAAGUCCGAAAAGACUAAAAUCAAGCCAGAAAAAGAAUAUACACAAUCAAAAUCUCAUGUUAAUUGGAGGGUUAGUCAUAGCGAUCAGUACUAUGAGAUCUAUUUAGAUAGAUUCUCUGGAAAAUCUUUGUAUAAGGAUGAAAUGCUAAUCCCAAGCUACCCUUUGGCAAUUGCUUUGGCCGAGGAAUGGGCAUAUCAACCAGCUAAGCCUCAUUAUCUUAAUCCAAGAUCUAUGAAGCUAAAUACCUUGAUGGCUCAAGCAAUAAGAACUGAGAAUGAUGAGAAUCUUCAAAAAUAUUUGAAGAAGACCAUCACAGAGAUUCUUGGAUGUGAUCAAGUCUGUUUUCAGGAAGACCCAAGACAAUUAAAUCCUGUCAAAAAUCAAUUGGCUCAUGACCAAAGAGAAAGAGGAGAACCUCUUCUCAAAUUCAUGAAGGAUAAAUAUGGAAUGUCUUUAAAUGUAUUCACUGACUUUGGAUUUAUGGGACAAGACCCUAGUUACCUUAAAAUCAAGGAUGUUCUUGAGGAAACUGAUCCAUAUGUUCUUCUCAGUAUUUUCAAUAUUGCAUCGAGCACAAAGUCUACAAUGGUAGCACUUGCACUUUUGAACGAAGAAAUUUCUCUAGAAGAUGCUAUCAUUGUAAGCAGACUUGAAGAACUUUACCAACAAAAGUUCUAUGGUGUUGUAGAAGGUGCACAUGACUACGAUGAGGCUAGGACCAUUUCAGAUGUUGCUGCUGCAAAGAACUUUAUCACUCUGCUUUCAAACGAGUAA